AUGAAGCAGACAUCAAGAAGCACUCAAGCAGAAUCAAGAAGACACUCGAGCAGACACUCAAAAGACACUAAGGACACUAAGCAGGGCACCAAGCAAACACCGAGCAGACACUCAAGCAGAAUCAAGAAGACACUCAAAAAGACCCAAGCAGCACCAAAAAACACUCGAGAAGACACCAAGCAGACACUCAAGCGACACCAAACAGAAUCAAAAGACAUUAAGAAGAAUUCAAGAAGAAUCAAGAAGACAUCAAGCAGAACCAAGAAGACAUCAAGAAAACACUCAAGAAGACAAACAAGAAGACACCAAGCAGCACUCAAAGAAACACCGGCAGACACUCAAACAGAAUCAAGAAGACAUUCAAGAAGACACCAAAAAGACACUCAAGAAGCCUCAAAAAACCUCAAGCGCACUCAAGCGGAACUCAAGCAGACACUCAAGAAGACAUCAAGCAACAUCAAGCGAAAAACAAGAAGACACCAAAAAGACAUCAAGAAACACUCAAGAAGGGCACACAAGCAGACACUCAAGCAGACACUCAAGAAAAACAUCAAGCGGGCACUCGAGCAGCACCAAGAAAACAUCAAGAGACACUCAAAAAAGACAUUCCAAAAAAAGACACUCAAGCAGACAUCAGCGACAUCAAAAAAGGGCAAUCAAGAGUAUCAAAAAGACACUCAAACAGGAACCAACCUCAAGCAGACACUAAGAAGACAUAAGCGGACUCUCAAUCAAACCAAGCAGACAUCAAGAAGACACAAAACAGCACGCAAGAAAAAUCAAGCAGACAUGAAGAAAACACGCAAGAAGACAUCAAGCGGACACCAGAAGACAUCCUGA